GGGAAAAUCCAGCCCUCGCAACGCAAACCUCCCUAGGGAUAUGCGGCGUAUAGUAUUCUACAAAUCUAACCCAGUGGCAUACAAAGAUGCGGCACAGCUAGAGUAUCGGAUCAUUACCUCGUUAGGGGUAUACCUAGGUAUUUAUAUGAUGUGUUGCUUCUUUAGUUCAUCCAGAUUGUCUUACAACUUACAUUCUCAAUUGAAGAGCGAUUUUCGAAUUAGUUCUUCGCAAUGGAGCCUAUUGACGUUGCAAUUAUUGGGGGAGGACCUGCUGGUUUGACUGCUGCCGGCACUCUAGCACGCCAACUACAUACUGCCGUCGUAUUCGACUCCGGGAGUUACCGGAAUGUCAAAGCGACCCAGAUACACAUGGUUCCGACUUGGGAGAACAAAGACCCCAAGGAAUUUCGUGCUACAGCUAGGGGAGAUAUCCUAGCUAACUAUUCCACGAUCCAAUUUUCUGAUACUGCGGUAUCCAAAGUUGAGAAGCAGAGCGACUCCCAGUUCGUGGUUUGGGAUGGCAAUGGGAAGGAAUGGCACUUUCGCAAGUUGUUGCUGGCUGUCGGAUCGGCUGACACUUAUCCUGACAUUGAUGGAUACGACUGGUUAUGGACAAAGAAAAUCUUCCAUUGCUUGUUUUGCCACGGCUAUGAAGAUCGUGGCUCGUCGUCCUCGGGAGUCCUAGCUGUAUUCCCUGUUGUUAUCCCUGCUCUCGUCAUCCAUAUGGCAGAGAAUGCGGCUCAGCUUAGCGAUAGUGUAACCUUAUACACCCAUGGUAACAACGACCUAGCGGCACAGCUCAGCACUACCGGCAGUUCGAAAUUCAAAGUCGAGCCUCGGCCAAUCAAGCGGCUCUUGAAUAAUGCCGAAGGGAACUCAGCGAUCGUGGAAUUUGAAGACGGCACCAAGAAGGAAGAGAAGUUCCUGGCCCACAGUCCUCAGACGAGUGUCCAAGGGGCUUUUGUUAGCCAACUUGGCCUCGCGCUCACGCCUAUGGGGGAUAUUGUGGCCGAUGCACCAAUGCAUCAAACAAGCGUGAGGGGCGUGUUUGCCGCUGGCGAUUGCAUCACUCCGUACAAAGUUACUCCGGGGGCAAUAUCAAGUGGUUGCAAUGCGGCUGUCGCUGUCAGUACCCAAUUACAAGCGGAGAAGCAUGACCAAGAGCCGAUGUUCUAGGUUCGGACUCUAGCCAUUAAGAAUUAUUCGAUGGCCUGGGAAUUCUC